AUGGCCUAUAUUGAAAAGGUUUUGGAAAAAUUUCGGAUGAAGGAUUGUGCAUCAAGUGUAGCGCUCAUUGUUAAAGCGGAUAAAUUCAGCUGUAAACAGUGUCCAUUAAAUGAAUUGAAAAGACAAUACUUGGCUUCUAUGCCCUAUGAUUCCAUUGUUGACAACUUGAUGUAUGCACAAGUCUAUACUAGACCUGACAUUGCAUUUGCUGCUAGUAUUAGCCGAAUUAUCACAAUAAAUCUNUACAGGGCGGAUGAGGAUUAUGAUUACCUGUUUAAGGUAGUGCUGAUAGGUGACUCUGGCGUAGGAAAAUCCAAUCUUCUGUCCCGUUUUACGCGCAAUGAGUUCAGCCAGCAAUCAAAAUCCACAAUCGGUGUUGAAUUCGCUACCCGAUCAAUUCAAGUUGAAGACAAGGUCGUCAAGGCCCAGAUUUGGGACACCGCUGGCCAAGAAAGGUAUCGUGCGAUCACGAGCGCCUAUUACCGAGGAGCUGUUGGCGCUCUACUUGUUUAUGAUGUCACGCGCCAUGUAACAUUCGAAAACGUGGAAAGAUGGUUGAAGGAGCUUCGAGGUCACACGGACAUGAACAUCGUAAUCAUGCUCGUUGGAAAUAAAUCCGAUCUUCGUCAUCUGCGAGCUGUUCCCAUAGAAGACGCUAGGGCAUUUGCCGAAAGGGAGGGCACGUUUUUAAUGGAAACUUCGGCUCUGGAAUCUUUAAAUGUUGAAAAAGCUUUCACAGAAGUCUUGACACAAAUCUAUCAUGUAGUCAGCAAGAAGGCUCUUGACAUGGGAGAUGAUCCUGCAGCUUUGCCCAAGGGACAAGCCAUUAAUAUCGGAACCAAAGACGACGUAUCCGCUGUGAAGAAGACUGGAUGCUGCUCCGGCUAGUUCCUGUAGAACUAAAAUUAAAACCAUGAAGAAUUUUAACUGCCCAGAAAAAACAAAUGUAUAGAAAAAGAAGAGUAAUUUGUUGUGGAGUUGUGUUAGGCAAGUGACAGAUUCUUCUUUACUUGAUAGAAAAGGAGACAAGUAUUUUCGCAGUCUAAAUCUAUGUAAGGAACAUAUGGACUAAACAGGUAGUUACUCUUUCCUUUGAUUUAAUUAAUGUCAAAAAGUGGAUGCAAAAACCCCUCAAAGCCAUGAGGUGAGUAAGUACUGUAAACUUCAGGAUCCCGCGGAAUUAGUUGAGCCCGGAUACCCAUGGUCCCAAAAAAUAAUAAUAAUAAAUAAAAUAAAC